AUGGCUACUGCUGAACAAAUUGAACCCGUUGCUGUCGAGAUCAAGAGCGACACCAUCUCCUCUGUCAAGUCCUUCCUUUCUGGCGGUUUCGGUGGUAUGGCAUCUGUGCUGGUUGGUCAACCCUUUGAUUUAGUCAAGGUCCGUCUCCAGACCAGCGAAGGUGUCUACAAGAGCACUGCUGAUUGCUUCAAGCAAAUUGUAAAGAAGGAUGGUAUUUUCGGUUUAUAUCGUGGUAUGGCUACCCCCUUGGCCAGUAUCACUCCCAUCUUUGCAGUCAGUUUCUGGUCUUAUGAUCUCGGUAAGAAGAUUGUGUAUGGAUUGAGAACCGAUAAAAGCAAUACCAACAAGCAGCUCAGUUUGGCUGAGAUCACCUUUGCUGGUGCCUUCUCUGCUGUUCCUACCACUUUGUUUAUGGCACCAUCUGAGCGUGUCAAGGUGUUGAUGCAAAUUCAAGGCCAAGGUGGUGAGCAAAAAUAUAAGGGUCCUUUAGAUGUUGUUCGUCAAUUGUACAAGGAAGGUGGUGUUCGUUCCAUCUGGAGAGGUACUGGUGCUACCUUGUUGCGUGAUUCUCCCGGUUCUGCUGCUUACUUUGUUGCUUACGAAUUGAUCAAGAAGGGUCUCACUCCUGAAGGCACUCGCCCUGAAGAUUUGAGCUUUGGUGCUGUCUUGUUUGCUGGAGGUAUGGCUGGUGUUGCUAUGUGGACCAUUGCUAUUCCUCCCGAUGUCCUCAAGUCUCGCUUGCAAUCUGCUCCUGCCGGCACUUACAGUGGUUUGGGUGAUUGUCUCAAGAAGACUCUCAAGGCUGAUGGUCCUGCUGCUCUCUUCAAGGGCCUUGGUCCUGCCAUGUUGAGAGCUUUCCCUGCUAAUGCUGCUACUUUCUUGGGUGUUGAGUACUCUAUGAGGGCCAUGAACAUGGCUUUCUAA